GAAGCUGAACACAGGAAAGAGUAAUGCGCUGAGCAGAAACCGGAAGUAAGCGAUAGAAAGGCAACAAGUACUAGUUUUUUUUUUUAAGAAAGUACACAUCAAGUCGAAAAAGUCACCAUGGGAACUACGGCAAGUAACCUUGGGAAGGAUUUGCUCUCGGAAUAUCAAGAGCUGACAUUCCUGACAAAACAAGAAAUCCUCCUAGCUCACAAGAGAUUCACUGAACUGCUCCCGAAAGAGGAGAAAGAUCUUCUUAACACCAGGGUACCAAUGGAGAAGAUUCUUACUUUGCCAGAACUCAAGUCCAACCCUUUCAGGAACAGAAUCUGCCAUGUGUUCUCAACGUCUGAUAUCAAAGAUGGAAGCCUCACCUUUGAGGAUUUUCUGGAUCUAUUGAGUGCCUUCAGUGACUCUGCUACACUGGAAAUCAAAUCCCACUAUGCCUUCCGUAUAUUUGACUUUGACGAUGAUGGAACCCUUGACAGUGGCGAUCUGGAGAAGCUGGUGAACUGUCUGACCGGGGAGACUGAUGACACAAGACUGACCACAGAGGAAAUGCGACAGCUCAUCAGCAAUAUUCUUGAAGAGUCGGACAUUGACAAGGAUGGAACAGUGAACCUCUCAGAGUUUCAGCAUGUGAUUUCAAGAUCACCAGAUUUUGUCAGUUCUUUCAAGAUUGUGCUGUGAAGACCUCUAGAGGGCCGUGGAAAUGCAUCACCCUUUCCCUCUGAUAUCACAGUGUUUAAUUAUUUCAAUUAGAACAAUUUAAUAUUUGCCUUAAAUUAUAUUCACCCGUGGAUUUUAUUGCCUUAACUGUUUUUAUGUAUUGUUUUUGAUUUUUCUAAAAUAUCUGUAAAUAAACUAAAAACAUUUACCAAAA